AUCGUGGCGAGCGUUGGUUUACAAUAACGCUCUCUGAGCGCGCGCCUCGGCGGGUGUUGAAACACAGCCCCAAGAAUCCGGAAAUUAACAAACUCGUGAUGUCAGGAGGAGUGGGACAGAAACAGACAUCACAGGAGACUUUUACGUGCAUUUCCUAGGAUUUGUGGACUGUACAGAUAUGACAUCGUCAUGUGAUGGAGUUAACGCGUGAAACAAGCACUGGACAUGUUUCGGGGUGAUUGUGGAUGAUCGCUGGUCCGAACUGAAAGUGUUUUCACGCGCACUGUGUGCUUCCUAGUCCAGAUCGACCUUUCAGCAAACAUGACGGGGCUCGCAUUAGAGCAAGUGACCGAUUUCGGCGAUUUCACGAAAGGAAAGGAUCUAAAAGAGUUUUUCAAACAGGCGUACUCCAACAACACCUCAUCUCAAAACCGCCUGUCCGAUGUGCGUCUGAGUCCAGAUGGACGUCACAUUCAUGUCAUUGUGCGUCAGCCCAAGAGUGGUCUUAUGACACAUGACAAAUAUCAGCGACCUCAUCUCAUGCAAAGCCAGAAACACGUUGAUUUAGUGCUAACUGGAAAUGUGCCUAUAGUGGAUGUCAUUUACAUGCCUCAAAGCAAACCUGAAGAUGGAGCCUGUGUGCUGGGAGUAAUAUUUGAGAAUGGAAGAGUGGAAUUCUGGAAAUUCCUGGAGUGCAGAUCAGGCUGGCAUUUACUCCAGACUGUGGAUCUGUGUAACAGCCCUCGUGCUAAAGUCAUUUCUGUGUGUGUGUGUCAGAAUUUCAUUAUAUGGUGUGAGGAGCGACCGCCGUCUGAGAACUCCAACAGUGCGUGCAGCAACUUCAGGUUUUGCAUCUGCAAAAAGACUAUAGAAGUUAAAGAGGGAGGUGUCAUUUUAGGAAACGUGAAAAUCGCUUUGCACAAUAAUCCUCGAUACACAACCGUCAGUUCUGGGGAUUUGAUCUAUCUGCUCCCAGACAUGAGGGAAAACUCUUCCAUGGGUGUUUCGAAAGUGUUUCUUGCAUGGUCUCCUGAACAUGACACCUUUAAAGUGCAUAGUGCCUGUAACUGCACGCUUAUAAAAAGCUCAAGCAAGGAAUCUGACUUCAAGAGACUUGUUACAGACUGCAUUGGCCUUCUAUCCACCAUAAAUCCUCCUGAUAUCUGUGGAUUCUCUGCCGUUGGGUGUGGAGACCUCCUUCUCUUUCUCAGCACUGGUUGGGUAUGCAUUAUGAAGAGGGACGGUGGUCUGCGCAACAUAUAUAAACUUCCUGAUAAUUGCCUAAGUUCUAGUGGGACUCAAAAUAGCCUGAAAAUAUAUAAUGAAAUCCUGGCACUAACAAUAGGUAGGACUCUCUUCCUAAUCAACACUAAAUGUGGUCUGGAAUUAGAAAGAAUAAGUCUGAAAACAGAAGGCCUUCUCUACGUAAACACUUUGGAUAGUCACUCUCCACAAAUGCUGUCAGAAACCGGGCUGUUUGUGGUCAUGCAAAAACCGAAACCUUCUCCGGUGCUUUCAGAAGACUCAAGUGCACUCUUAGUCGAGGCUGUCUUUGAGGAGGCAUGCAAAUACUAUCAGCAAAGAAGUCUAAGCAGCACUCAGCUCACGGUAGAGAAGCUCAAAAAAGGUGGGAUGUUUCAAGCACCCAUAUCACUGGCUGCCAUCCUCAGGGAUUUCCUCAACAACCAGAAGACCAAAACUGGUGAGAAACAUUCCACAGGGCAAGAAAGGCUCAUGAGCUCACUCGAAUCAGAGCUUAGGAGUCUCAUUUUGUUGGAGGACAUCAAAACAUCAAUGGUGAAGGCUUCGGAGAAAGAUUUAGAGAACUAUUGUGAAAGCUUGGUGCAGCAGGAGAUCUGCCGGCUGCUUAGCAGUGAGCUAGAGAGGGAGAAUCUUCAGUAUCUAAACAACAUCUUCCAUCUCUUUCCCAUAUACUCCUGGCAUGCCAUGCAAACAAUUCUGCAUCUAAAGUGCAACGGUGAGGGUUUGUUGUCAUCCAAAGCUCCUGCUGAGUUAUGGAAAAUCAUCCUCAGCCCUGUGCAACCAACAGCAAACUUUGCCCACUGCAACGGUCAGCAGAAACAAACUACAGUGCCUGUUUUUGAGCUCUUGUGCCACUCUAUCUUAAAAUUCCAGCCUAGUUGGCUUCCAAGGUUUCUCGAACUGGCACAGCAACAGUCCGGCGGGUCUUCCAAGUCUUCAUGGGGUUACAGCAUGAAGGAGAGCUCUGAGAGCUUGCCGCUCUAUAAACGGGCCUUGACGGUGCUCCCUUGCAAAGGGACCCACCCACACCUGGAAGUGGAGCUGCUUUUGUGCAGUGAGCGGCCUAAAGCGAUCAUGCAAGCAUUGCGGAUUCUCAUCAAGCAAGGGCAUUGGGAACGGGUUGCGCAAGUAGCAGAGAGGUUCUGCCGGCAGAGCCCCCUUUUGAAUAAAGAGAUUUUCAGUGCUCUGCUGUGUGAAGUGUCCCAGCAUAGAGACCUGGACCCUUAUUUGAACCUGCUGUGGACUCUUUGUCCAGAGGAUAUGACCGUGACAAGCAUACUUAAUAUUGUACUGAAAAACCUUCCUGAUUCGACCCAGAACUCUGGACCUUUCGAGGCUCAUGGCAGCCAGGUCACCAUCGGCCUUUUGAAACCACUGCUCAAAAAAAUUCUCCAAAGGGAGACCAAACCAAGCCAAAAGUACGCCGAUAUCCUUCAGUCACCCACAGUUCCUCCGCUCACUCCUCCACGUCAGCCGAAGGGACUUUUUAGAGAUGCAGAGCACCUGGAAACCAAGCAGAGGACUACCUCUGGUUCUCAAGUGACAUCUCAAGCCAAACUGGUCUGACUUUUCCACUCUUAAAUCAUGUCUGACCCUUUCCAUACACUGUUCUUAGAGGUACACGUUAACCCAAAACAAUUUACUCACAUUUGUCAUUCCAAACCUGUAUGACCAUCUUCUUUUGAAGCAAUUAAGAAUAGAUUUCAAAAAACAAUUUAACAGUUUUUAUCUGUACAGUUUCAUCCAAAAAAACCCAUUUGGACCCCAUUGACUUUCACUGUAUUGCCUGUUUUUUGUGUCCUAUGACAAAGUCAUACUGGUUAGGAACAAUGUAAUGACAAAAUAACAUUUUUGGGUCAGCUGUCACUUUAAGAAGUACUGUUUACCUUGCAUGGUCUGAACAAAAAAUUAUACAAACAAUAUUUCAACUAUUAAAAUAGUAAAGUAAUAAUUUGCAAUACUAUUUAACUACUGCUUAAUUAUUCCUAAUAUAGAAUGUAAUAUACUAUGUUGUUUUUAUGUUUACUUGGUUUGCUGCAUUUCAUCUUAAAUGCUUUUGGUGUGUUUUAAACAGUAUUUUCCCUUUCUUAACUUUCAGUGGUGUCCUUUUUUGCCAUCACAUGAAGGCAUGCUGUCACCCUGAACCUUAAUGCAAGGUCAGAGAUGACUAAGCAUUAUCCACAUUUCAUGCUCUAGAUCAUUUAUUGUAUAAACUCUCAGAAUAACAAUGCCUUUUUUCUGUUGACACUACAGUUUAUCAUCAUAUGCUGGUGUAAUUAUUAUUUUAAGAAAACAUGUGGAAGAUGUAAUAAAUAAUAAUAAGCUAUAAAGAACUGUAUUAGUCAUUAUUAAAAAUGUACAGUAAUAUAAAAUGUAAUGUGCAUGCUGAUGCAUUUAGAUCAUUUCAUGUUUAAUGCCUUGUAUAUUUCAUGGAUUGCUCUUGUAUUUAGUGCUAUCACAGGGAUUUUAACACUGUAAAAAGCAAUUAAAUAUGACUUUCAUGUA